AUGUCCCGCUUUCUGCGACGUCGCUCGACCAUAGGGAACGAAGAUGACGACCCCCUCACCAAGGCCCUGGCGCCCCCCGACCACGAGACCCCUGCCGAACGGGAAGCCCGUCUCGCUGCGCUAGCAGAGGCCCAGAAGCGUUCAGAUGCAAUCGAUGAGGAAAUUAACCGCCAGAGAUUGGAGAACAAGAAGGCCCCAAAGCCGGUUCGUGUACUAUUGCUGGGUCAGAGUGAAUCAGGCAAAUCAACGACGCUGAAAAAUUUCCAGUUGAUGAAUUCACCAAAAGCUUUCCGCAACGAACGCGCGUCAUGGAGAGCAGUCGUCCAGCUCAACGUCGUCCGCUCAGUCAGACUCAUCCUCGACACCAUCAACGAUGCACACGCGCAAAAUUCCCCUGGCUCAGUCUCCUCACGUCCAACAACCGCCACCGUCGAGAAUAUGGGCCCACUUCCCGUUAUCCCUCCAGAGCUUCUCAAGCUGAGGAUGCGCCUCCUGCCGCUCCAGCAAGUCGAGGAAUCACUAUUACGCAAGAUGACCCCCGCUGGAUCCGCCGAGUUCGAAGCGACGCAUCUAUCGCCUGUGACAAAUCUUCCGUACAGAAAUCGGGGGAAGUUCAAGGAAAUUGCGAUAAACUCGACCGCGCAGUGGAAGGGCGCGUUUGGAAGGCUCAUUGCGACGGCUCGCGCAAGCAUCGAGAGCGGGCAGGAUAUUGACUUCGACGACCCGAACGAUCCCGGGGUGAUCCUCCACGCGUGUUCGGAGGACAUCAUCCAGCUCUGGAACGACCCAACGGUCAAAAAAUUGUUGAAAGCGCAGAGGCUGAGAUUGGAGGACAUGGCGGGCUUCUUCCUGGACUCAAUAGAGCGGGUAACGGCGCUUCGCUACGUCCCGACGGAUGACGAUAUUCUCAAAGCCAGACUAAAGACGCUCGGGGUUUCAGAGCAUCGGUUCGACCUCAAGGCUGCAGGGAACAUGCUGAGUCACGACUGGCGGGUAUACGACGUAGGAGGAGCGCGGUCUUUGGUAUCUGCUUGGGCGCCGUAUUUCGACGACUUGGAUGCGAUAAUAUUUUUGGCGCCGAUAUCUGGAUUCGAUGAGGUACUCUUAGAAGACCGCACCGUCAACAAACUAGAGGACUCCAUAUUGUUGUGGAAGCAUGUUGUUUCGAAUCCGUUAUUGAAGGACACUCAGAUCGUUCUGUUUUUGAACAAGAUUGAUCUUUUCAAAGCCAAGCUUGAGACGAUCCGCUUCGCGGACUACGUCGUCUCCUAUGGGCAGCGGCCGAAUGAAUACGAGCCCGCGUCAAAUUACCUACGAAAAAAAUUCGCGUUGUUGUACAAGCAACACUCCAAAACCCAACGCAUCUUCUACUGCCAUCUCACAUCGAUGACUGACUCCAGCUCGACUCGACAUAUCCUCGUGAACGUGAAGGAUAUGGUUAUCCGGCAAAACCUGGCGAUCAGCAACCUUGUCUGA